UUUUUUUUCUUGAAUGAAUAAAGAACAAGAGCUAGAAAACAGAGAAUUACAGGCACAGGAAAUAGAAGCCUUGGAAGCGAUAUUUCCUGAAGGCCUCAAAAAAGAUCCUUCAUCAGCAGACGCUUACAUCUUUACAAUCAACCUUGAUCAAGACGAUGACCAAGUCAAAUCACCACGCACACUCACCCUCCGAUUUUUUCUACCACCAACAUAUCCUAUGCAAGAUAUGCCUGUAUAUGAGGUCAGCUCUAUCUACUGUGGAGCGAAGAAAGUAGACGAUACCCUGCUAGACGCAAUUGACCAAGGAUUCACAUCUCUCUUUGAGCCGACACAGGUUGUCCUGUUUGAGUGGAUAAGUUGGUUAAGAGAGUUUUUGGAACAGCACGUUGAAAAGAGUCAUUCUUAUGACCAGCAAGUGCAUGCCAUGGAGCAAUUAUCUAUAGAAGAAAAAGAAGAAGGCCAAAUAGAAGACCAAGAAGAAGACCAAGAAGAAGACCAAGGACAUGAUCGGCCCAUGGUUCGGGCUUUGAUGGGCUCUCAUUUUAACGAGUCUCCACCCAAGAUAUUCUCAAGUGAGCCACUUGUCGAUCGUAAAUCAGUCUUUGUUGCUCACGUAGCAAAGGUCGACAAUGUACAUCAAGUCAAGCUAGUUAUUUCCUGUCUAUUAGAAAAUAAAAAGAUUGCCAAGGCAACACAUAACAUUCUGGCAUAUCGCAUCACUAUGCCAGAUGGCAAAGUACUCCAGGACAACGAUGAUGACGGCGAAACGGCUGCGGGCAGUCGUCUUUUGCAUCUAAUGCAAAUACUUCAAGUGGAAAAUGCUGUUGUGAUCGUGACAAGAUGGUAUGGUGGUGUUCCUUUAGGCCCUGAUCGUUUCAAAGAUAUCAAUAAUAUCGCACGUACUGCACUCGAACAGUAUGGGUUUAUAAAGCAGCCAUCCAAGCAUAGCAAUAAAAAGGGCAAAAAAUAAGUUCUAUUUACAUGUUUAUUUUAAAAACCGGGAGGACUGGUUCUAUUUGUCUUUUUAGUAAACUUGGGCACUUUAUGGAAUGAUUUGCGGUGUCCCUUUGCUGUGCGGCUGAAUACAGUAUAUUUCUCUCGUGGAAGCAUUUCGGAUUCCUUGGGUAGUGCUAAUGCUUCUGUCAAGGCUUUACACUCAACACCUGAUUGAGCAACAGUUGAGAUGACUUGAUCGACGUCCUUGAGUCUCUUUCUGACAUUGGCUUUACGAGUAGCUGACAUGCGGAAAGGAUUCUUCCAUAAUAAACCACUUUGGGCUACUAAUGAAGGUCUGAAGGCACCAAACAUGUUGAUAUGAAAUAUAAAAGGGAAAAAGUCCUUUUUUUCAUUAAUACCAGGGCAAGAGAAAAAAUAUGAUUGGC